GCGGUGCGGGCGCGGAGCCGAGCGAGGCGCGGAGCUGGCUGCUGGCGGGUGCGGGGACCUUCGCCACCCGGCCUGGGAGAGCGGGAUGGGACGCCGCCCGCGGGGACCCGGAUCCCCCCGGGGACCUGGCCCUCCACGCCCCGGGCCCGGGCUGCCGCCACUGCUGCUUGUGCUGGCGCUGGCGGCCCAUAGGGGCUGCGCAGCACCCGCGCCCCGCGCGGAGGACCUCAGCCUCGGGGUGGAAUGGCUAAGCAGGUUUGGCUACCUGCCGCCUGCAGAUCCAGCGACUGGGCAGCUACAGACGCAGGAGGAACUGUCCAAAGCUAUUACUGCCAUGCAGCAGUUUGGUGGCCUGGAGACCACUGGCAUCCUAGACGAGGCCACUCUGGCCCUGAUGAAGACCCCUCGAUGCUCCCUUCCGGACCUGCCCCCGGGGGCCCAAUUGAGAAGGAAGCGGCAGACUCCUCCGCCACCAACCAAAUGGAGCAAGAGGAACCUUUCUUGGAGGGUCCGGACAUUCCCACGGGACUCACCCCUGGGCCGGGACACUGUGCGUGCGCUCAUGUACUACGCCCUCAAAGUCUGGAGUGACAUCACACCCUUAAACUUCCACGAGGUAGCCGGCAACUCGGCAGACAUCCAGAUCGACUUCUCCAAGGCUGACCACAAUGACGGCUACCCCUUUGAUGGCCCCGGCGGCACAGUGGCCCAUGCAUUCUUCCCUGGUGACCACCACACGGCAGGGGACACUCAUUUUGAUGACGAUGAGUCGUGGACCUUCCGUUCUGCAGACGCCCAUGGGAUGGACCUGUUUGCAGUGGCUGUCCAUGAGUUUGGUCAUGCCAUUGGUCUGAGCCACGUUGCCGCCCCAAGCUCCAUCAUGCAGCCGUACUACCAGGGCCCCGUGGGUGACCCGCUACGCUACGGGCUUCCCUACGAGGACAGGGUGCGUGUCUGGCAGUUGUACGGUGUGAGGGAAUCUGUGUCCCCUACUGCCCAGCUGGAUACCCCAGAGCCUGAGGAACCACCCCUCCUGCCAGAACCCCCCAACAAUCGGUCUAGCACUCCGCCCCAGAAGGAUGUGCCUCACCGGUGUACCGCCCACUUUGACGCUGUGGCCCAGAUCCGUGGAGAAGCAUUCUUCUUCAAAGGCAAGUAUUUCUGGCGGCUGACCCGGGACCGACACUUGGUGUCCCUGCAGCCGGCUCAAAUGCAUCGCUUCUGGCGGGGCCUGCCGCUGCACCUGGACAGCGUGGACGCCGUGUACGAGCGUACCAGUGACCACAAGAUUGUCUUCUUCAAAGGAGACAGAUACUGGGUCUUUAAGGACAACAACGUCGAGGAAGGGUACCCGCGACCCGUCUCCGACUUCAGCCUCCCGCCAGGUGGCAUCGAUGCUGUCUUCUCCUGGGCCCACAAUGACAGGACUUAUUUCUUUAAGGACCAGCUGUACUGGCGCUAUGAUGACCACACACGGCGCAUGGACCCUGGCUACCCUGCCCAGGGCCCCCUGUGGAGAGGUGUCCCCAGCAUGCUGGAUGAUGCCAUGCGCUGGUCUGACGGUGCAUCCUAUUUCUUCCGAGGCCAGGAGUACUGGAAAGUACUAGACGGCGAGCUGGAAGCAGCCCCCGGGUACCCACAGUCUACAGCCCGGGACUGGCUAGUAUGUGGCGAGCCGCUGGAGGAUGCGGAGGAUGUAGGACCCGGUCCCCAGGGCCGCAGCGGCGCCCAGGAUGGUCUGGCAGUCUGUUCCUGCACUUCAGAUGCUCACAGCUCUGCACCGCCACCGGCUCUGCUGCUGCUGACGCCACUGCUGUGGGGCCUGUGGACCUCACUCUCUGCCAAGGCAUCCUGAGGGCAGUGCUGGCCUCGCGGAUCAAGGAGCCAAGGGGGGGCAGGGACACACUGGCCAGUACUGAUCAGGACUUGUGCUCAAAGCCCCCCCCCCCCCACCCCCAGUCCCUUGCUCCUUCCUUCCACUGAACCCAGGGGUGCUGUGCGGGCUGCUAGAGUGGUCCCCCGCUGGGACAGGAUGUCCCACCAAGGGCAUCCACGCACCUUUCCUACCUGGAGCAGCCAUGGGCAGCGCUCCUUCCCACAUCAUGCUGCUUCCUUGCACCCUGCUGGGCCGCCCAAGCUCAGCAGCCACAACCCCGGGAUGCCUUGUCUGCACCCGAGCGCGGCUCUCCUGGCAUCUGGCUGAUGGGGACAAACGGGGGUUCCUCGUGGUAUCCAUAGGGGGCCACUGUGCCUGUUUCGAAAGUGAGAGAGUUCGAUGCCCCGAUGGGGAUCAGGGUGGGAGAAGGGCACCUACCCAGCAGUCUGAUCCACCGCCGUUUGCAGCAGCCAGCGCCGGAGCUGCUGCUACAGGGGACCAGUCACACUCAGGAUCUGCCCACAGGUACCCAGAUGCUGGCCAGGGGUCUUGCUACAGCCACCUCGCCUCAUCCUAGACAGGCUAGAUGUGGAGGCUGUGUCCUCUUAUCUCCCUCUCUGUGGCCAGGAGAGCAUUGUGAGUCUCCCUCGGGUGCUGUUGAUGGUGGGGGGAGGGGUGCCUAUAGAGACAUCUCUUCAUCUGUCAGUACCAUUGCUUCAGCAAGAUGCCCCUUAGAGUUCUGGACUGAGACCCGGCAGCUUAGACUCACAGCUCUCCCCCUCCUCAGCUGUGGAAUAAAAGUGGGUAUACAGUUAGGGAAGGGGGAGGGUCAGGGUCCUCGGGGGUUCAUGACAGUGUCACUGCCUGACUUACCCCGGACUUGGAGAUGGAGGAGCUGUGCACGAAUUGCUGCUCUGGGUGACCAACCUCCGUGGUCCAUUCCCAUCUGAGCUCAGACUGAGGUGGGACCCAAGAUGGCAUCAAGAUCACCAGGAAGGAACCGCCAAGUUGAAAGGCUCUAGGACGAGACAGACCUGAGGAGCAGAGCCACCCAUGGAGGCUUGGCUGUAGGGUAGGCAGUUUCUGUCAUUGGACACGAGAUGAAAAUUAGUGAUCACACGCAUACACACACCCCUUCCCCUCCCCAACUGACCCACUCCCAUCUCAGGUAAGAAAGGCUUCUAUCCACCCCAGGCCAGGUUUGAGUGUUGUCAGGAUGAUUGAGCAGCUAGUGGAGCCUGGGUUUCUACCCUCCUCCUCUUCCAAAGCCUGGCCACACCCAAUACCCACCUGUCAGACUAGGCAGGAGAGAGUCAGAGCUUGGGGAGGGGCAGGUCUGAGGUUUCCUGUCAUGAAAGCCACCCCACUCUGCCCUUAUAUCAAAGCACGUUCCUCUGAUGUCCCAUGUUGUCCACCAGCCUGCAGGACACAGCUGUCCUGUACAUUAACAGGGAAGGUCCAAAAGUCUUUGUCACAUCCAUAGCACUGAGAGCCAGGCCUGCAGGCUGAGGCCGUCUAGAUUCUGGUGUCUCACUCAUUUUAAAACCCAAACUCUUAAUAAAAAUUUUGUACACUGGA